AUGCGUGGCGUCUCGAUUCUUAUACUCUACGCCGCCAGCCUGGCCUCGGGUAGUGUUCUGCCCCGAGACAUGGCUGGCAACGUCGGUAUCGUUGCCCGUGGAGGCGGAGGCGGCGACGAGGGAGGAUGGGGAGGCGGUGGUGAUGAUGGUGGAUGGGGAGGUGGCGAUGAUAAUGGCCAUGGUGGCCAUGGGGGCCAUGGUGGAGGCCACCAUACUACCGCGGAGACUACUCCUUGCGAAACUGAUACUCCCACUCCUCCUCCACCAACUUCGACUCCUUGCGAGACGGAGACUCCUCCUCCACCGCCAACCUCUACUCCUUGCGAGACUACGACUACUACUCCAUCUCCAACUUCGACUCCUUGUGAGACUACGACCACGACCCCGUCUCCAACCUCUACUCCUUGCGAGACUACGACUACUACUCCAUCUCCAACUUCGACUCCUUGUGAGACUACGACUACUACUCCAUCUCCAACUUCGACUCCUUGCGAGACUACGACUACGACCCCGUCUCCAACCUCUACUCCUUGCGAGACUACGACUACUACUCCAUCUCCAACUUCGACUCCUUGUGAGACUACGACUACUACUCCAUCUCCAACUUCGACUCCUUGUGAGACUACGACUACUACUCCAUCUCCAACUUCGACUCCUUGUGAGACUACGACUACUACUCCAUCUCCAACUUCGACUCCUUGCGAGACUACGACUACGACCCCGUCUCCAACCUCUACUCCUUGCGAGACUACGACCACGACCCCGUCUCCAACCUCUACUCCUUGCGAGACUACGACUACUACUCCAUCUCCAACCUCUACUCCUUGCGAGACUACGACUACUACUUCGUCUCCAACCUCUACUCCUUGCGAGACUACGACCACCACACCUACGUCUACUCCAUGUGAGACUACCACUACUCCUACGUCGACUCCAUGUGAAACCAGCACCACUCCUACAGGCCCUCCUCCAACCUCGACUCCCUGUGAGACUACUACUACUCCUACUGGCCCACCUCCCACUUCAACUCCCUGUGAGACUGAGACGACAACUCCUCCUCCCGAGAGCACCACCACUAUCACCACCGUGUAUACUACAACCACUUGCCCUGUGUCCUGGACCACUGUUGUCACUGGCUCGUCCACUAUCACUCAGCCCGUGACUUCCACUAGCACAAUUACUGUAACUUCAGUCAUUACCUGCAGUGAGGGCUGCCCUCACCCUACCUCGGUUCCGGGAACUACUGUCGUUAUUCCUCCCACCACUGCUCCCGUUGUUCCUCCCACAAACCCUGCUCCCACAAACCCUGCUCCGGUUCAGUCUUCGCCUGCUGCCUCUCCCGUGACCAGCGCAGUCCAGACUACCGCGCCAGUGGCUCCUGCUACCAGCAGCCCUGCCUUCAACGGAGCUUCUUCUCAGUUCAAGCGAUCCCUGACCGGCUUCAUCCCCGCUCUGGCUGUCGUUCUGGCCCUGAUCUAAGCUCUCUAGCAAUGCCUUCGUUGACAUUGUGAGAAAGUAAUUUGAUUUUCUUAAUUCGAUAUUCUCACAGAUCAUAUACGGGUUCUUGGAAGAGGAGGUGAAUUGUAAAGCCGGGCAACCCGAAAAACGACGAAAACAACUACAAAAAAAUUAUAUUCUUGGCAGCUUCCGGCAUAAUGGAGAUACCGAUGGCCUGGAGGCUGUCUCUCUAAUUCCUGUUUACCUGCACCCUUGCAGGUCGCAGCACUUUUAUGAGGUCUGAUUAACGACUGACGGACGUUCCUUAUCACAAUAUUUGAUGCACGGCUUAGUUUAGUUUAGUGCUGCAUAAAGUAGUUCAAUAAUCGAUAUGAGAUUUGAUUUGAUAUAA